GAGAGAGGUUGGGGGGUGGGGGUGGGGGUGGGGGGAGAAGAGAUUGGGCUGUGCGGUCGAUUUAUCCUAUUGUGUGGUGAGCGCAGUUUCUGUGGUGGUCCGUGGCUCUCUUUUUUCCGUUCUUGGGCUGUGGAUAGAAGUGGCAAACGAAGGAGGUGGCACAAUCCAUCUCUGGGCGCGUCCGGUUGCCCUGCCUCUGCCAUCCCCUCACCACACCAUCGAGCAGCGGCCCCCAUCCGAGAAGCAACAACAACUAGUAGAGGAGAGGAGAAGAGCAGAGUAGCAGCAGCGCACUUCCUCACUCACUCUCACCACUCUCUCCCUGUCUCUCACUCUUCUCCUGCUCCUGAUUUCUCAAAGGAGCGAGCUCGGGAAGCAGCAGCGGCAGGUUCUGUGGAUUGGAGAGUAGCAGCAGCAGCAGACAUGGCCGCACUCAGGUGUAAUGUCGCAGCGGUGGCUCCCGUGGCGGGAGUCGCGAGGGCGGUUGCAGGAGCAGAGAGGGCCGUGGGUGUGGCCACGCCCAGUGCGGCUCUCGGCAGGUUCAUGGGAUUGAAGAGAGUGAGCAAUGUGCGCGCAGCGCCUGCUCCCGUCGCCAGAGUUGCCCAGAAGAGCGCGGCCGUCGUCACGAAGGCCGUUGCCGUCGAGACCUUGGAGAAGACCGACACCGCUUUGGUCGAGAAAUCCAUCAACACUAUCCGAUUUUUGGCCAUCGAUGCCGUCGAGAAGGCCAAUUCCGGUCACCCUGGUCUCCCUAUGGGUUGCGCACCCAUGGGUCACAUCUUGUACGACGAGGUCAUGAAGUACAACCCGAAGAACCCCUACUGGUUCAAUCGUGAUCGAUUCGUCCUCUCAGCUGGACACGGAUGCAUGCUCCAAUAUGCUCUCCUGCACUUGGCCGGCUACGAUGCCUGCAGGAUGGAGGAUUUGCAGCAGUUCAGACAAUGGGGCAGCAAGACACCCGGUCACCCCGAGAACUUCGAAACUCCCGGAGUUGAGGUUACCACCGGUCCUCUAGGACAGGGAAUCGCCAACGCGGUUGGUUUGGCUCUCGCUGAGGCUCACUUGGCUGCCAGAUUCAACAAGCCAGAUGCCAAAAUCGUCGACCACUACACUUACUGUAUCCUCGGAGAUGGAUGCAACAUGGAGGGUAUCUCAAACGAGGCUGCUUCCCUUGCCGGUCACUGGGGUCUGGGAAAGCUUAUCGCCUUUUACGAUGACAACCACAUUUCCAUUGAUGGUGACACGGAGAUUGCCUUCACUGAGUCCGUUGAUGCCCGUUUCGAGGCUCUCGGAUGGCACUGCAUCUGGGUGAAGAACGGUAACACUGACUACGAUUCUAUCCGCGCUGCCAUCGAGGAAGCCAAGUCUGUCACCGACAAGCCCACCAUGAUCAAGGUAACCACCACCAUCGGAUUCGGAUCACCAAACAAGGCCAACUCCUACGCUGUUCACGGUGCCGCCCUCGGCACCAAGGAAGUUGAUGCCACCCGUCAAAACCUUGGAUGGGAGCACCCACCGUUCCACGUGCCAGAGGAAGUGUCAGCACACUGGAGCAAGCACCUCACCGAUGGACCAGCCCUCGAGGCCUCAUGGGAGGAGAGCCUAGCUGCUUACGAGCAAAAGUACCCCGAGGAGGCAGCCGAGUUCAAGCAGCUCAUUUCUCAGAAGCUCCCUACUGGAUGGGAGAAGGCUCUUCCCACCUUCACUGCCGAGAGUCCGGCCGAUGCCACUCGUAACUUGUCCCAGACUGUGCUUAACGCCAUGGCCCGUGUGUUGCCCGGUCUCAUCGGAGGAUCAGCUGAUCUUGCUUCGUCCAACAUGACCUUGAUGAAGAUGUUCGGUGACUUCCAAAAAGCAACCCCCGGCGAGAGGAACCUUCGGUUCGGUGUCCGUGAGCACGCCAUGGGAGCCAUCGUGAACGGAAUCUGCCUUCACGGAAGUGGACUCAUCCCCUACUGCGCCACUUUCUUCAUCUUUACCGACUACCUUCGUGCCGCCAUGCGUAUCUCCGCCCUCUCUGAGGCCGGUGCCAUUUACGUCAUGACUCACGACUCCAUCGGUUUGGGAGAGGAUGGUCCCACCCAUCAGCCCAUUGAGCAUUUGGCUUCCUUCAGGGCUAUGCCCAACAUCUUGAUGUUCCGACCUGCUGACGGAAACGAAACCGCAGGAGCCUACAAGAUUGCCGUCGAGAGACGCAAGACCCCAUCAGUCUUGGCUCUGUCCAGGCAAAAACUCCCCCACCUUGCCGGUUCAUCCAUCGAGAAUGUUGCCAAGGGAGCAUACGUCGUCAGCGACAACUCCUCUUCCAACAAGCCCGAUUUGAUCAUCAUGGCCUCAGGAUCAGAGGUGGAGAUCGGCAUGAAAGCCGCUGACAUGAUCAGGGCCGAGGGCAAGACUGUACGAGUGUUGUCCUUCGUAUCCUGGGAGUUGUUCGAGGAGCAAAGUGCAGAGUACAAGGAGAGCGUCUUGCCCGCCGCCGUCACCGCCAGAGUCAGCGUUGAAGCCGGUGCGACAUUCGGAUGGGAGAGGUAUACUGGAUCCAAGGGAAGGCAGGUCGGUAUUGACCGAUUCGGAGCCUCUGCUCCCAUCAACAUCUUGUACAAGGAGUUUGGAUUGACCGCCGAGAACGUGGUCGCCAAGGCCAAGGAGGUUAUGUAGAUUUAUAUUACAAAGUUCAGAUGUGGGUGUUAGAGCCAUGUUUAGAUAUAAGAGUGACAACCUUCGUACACACUCACUCACCCCUCGUUCUUUUCCGGAGUAGCUAAUUUCGACAUAGUUUAAUUCUUAGCCAAAGAACCACAUGAACCUGAAACUCCACCAUGCAAGGGGUGGUGAUGAGUGACGGAUUUUUCAGCACCUUAUUUGUGAAGAGAAGAAAAGACGGUCUUAAGCAGUAGUAACAACGCGAAUUGCUCGGUGCUCUAAUGUCUUUGAACGAAAGUCGGCAUAGGCGAGGGAGGCUCAUGGUGAUUUGAAAUAGUUCAGUUCCAUUCAGCUGUUUUGGGGGAAAGUGUGAGAGGUCCAUCCGAAAAUUAGGUUUUGUCGGAAGUCAUUUUCUAGCAACUUCGUGAGCGAGAACAAGUAGUAUGUUUUGACAAAAACAUGUACAUGUAUCAAAUGAAUGCAGCUUUGCUUCAAUGAGAGCCAGGUCCUGGCUACAUUCUAACCACAAUAAACCAUAUUACUCGGAUCAGCACCUUUGCCACUCUCACAAGUCCCCGGUGCAAUAUAGUAGAACAUAAAUAUAGCUUCUUGGGCUUGCACCGUCUGACUAAUACAUCUUGAAGGACGGUAAGAAAAAUUUUAU